AAACUGCUCAUAAGUUGCACAAAUGUGGUGCUUUAGUUUCCUCACUCAAAAGAUGAGGGACUAAUCGCGAAAACAUCAAAAGAAGUCUCUUCUUCUCUUUCUCUCUUUCACAUUCAAACUCGUCGAAUCCAAUUUGUAACAGGAUGGAGGAGCUGCUGGUGGGGAAGCAUGUUAAGUACAUUAUAACAGUUGAGAAGAGGAAAGAUGAUUUUGAAUCUGUGGUGAUGGAGCAUUUGAGAUUAAAUGGGGCAUACUGGGGAUUGACAACUCUGGAUAUCAUGGGCAAGCUUGCUGCAGUGGAGCAAGAUGAAGUUAUUUCAUGGGUCAUGCAGUGCCAACAUGAAUCUGGUGGAUUUGGUGGUAAUAUUGGACAUGAUCCGCAUGUUCUGUAUACACUUAGUGCUAUUCAAGUCUUGGCAUUAUUUGAUAAAGUACAUGUCCUUGACAUUGAUAAGGUGUCAAAUUAUAUUGCAGGUCUGCAAAAUGAAGAUGGAUCAUUUUCUGGUGAUAUAUGGGGUGAAGUUGAUACACGGUUCUCUUACAUUGCCAUCCUUUCACUCGCAUUGCUGCACCGGUUAGAUAAGGUUGAUGUUGGAAAAGCAGUGAAAUAUAUCUUAAGUUGCAAGAAUGUGGAUGGUGGAUUUGGAUGCACACCGGGAGCAGAAUCUCAUGCGGGGCAAAUUUUCUGUUGCGUGGCAGCUCUCGCAAUUACAGGGUCUCUACAUCAUGUUGAUAAGGACCUCCUUGGUUGGUGGUUAUGUGAAAGACAAGUCAAAUCUGGGGGACUAAAUGGGCGCCCAGAGAAGCUUCCUGAUGUAUGCUACUCUUGGUGGGUUCUUUCCAGCUUAAUUAUGAUCGACAGGGUUCAUUGGAUUGACAAGGGAAAGCUUGUAAAAUUUAUUUUGGACUGUCAGGACAAGGAGAAUGGUGGAAUUUCAGAUAGGCCAGAUGAUGCAGUUGAUGUCUUCCAUACUUACUUUGGAGUUGCUGGACUUUCACUUCUUGAGUAUCCAGGAAUAAAGCCGAUAGAUCCUGCUUAUGCCUUGCCUGUUGAUGUUGUAAACCGAGUGAUGCUUGGCAGAUAAUCUCUGGGUUUUUGCUCCAUUCUAGCUAAUAACAGCAUUCUCUUGAUAUGAGAUUAGCAGAAACAGUUUCCCUUGAUGACAGGCGGAUUGCGUUACCAAUGCUGCAACAUUUUUUCAUCAUAAUGGCUCUUUCAGGAAGAAACAAACCUAAAGCGGAUUCAGGAUUUUAACUUUAUGGGUUUAGCCUUUGUAGUUUUCAGCACUUAACUCAUUAUAAUUCUUCAGUUACAAGUUCAGAUUUGAUAUCUGUUGGUACUUUUAGUGAUUUUUCGUUUAUAUAAUUAUACUCUUAAUGUCGAAAAUACAUAUAAUCCGUACCCGGAAAACUACAUCUUGUUGCAAGCAGCAACAGUGUAAUAAUUGUACCAACUUUUACCAUGUUAAACUAAAGUCAGUGCAUUAUAUUCUUUUCGUGUU